CACCCCCCUCCCCCACCAGGCCACCACCUCCUCGUCUUCGCCUCACUCUCUAACCAGACACAACCACCCACGGCCACCACGGCAGCGCCACCUCCGCAGCAGAAGAAUCAGACAUGAAGCAGUGGAAGUCCCUCGUCGCGCUGCACUCCUCCGCGCCGUCCUGCUUCCCGCAGCCGCCGUCGCUGUGCCCCUCGCCGCCGAGGGAGGAGGGGAAGCGCCGGCCGGAGAAGGAGCAGGCGGUGAGGCUGGUGGGGUGCGAUGGGCGGGUGCGGAGGUACUGCCCCCCGGUCACAGCGCGGGAGCUGAUGCAGCAGCACCCGCGGCACCUGGUGUGCCGCGCGGACGCGCUGCUCAUCGGGGAGAAGAUCCCGGCCGUGGCGCCCGCCGAGGAGCUGCAGCCCGGGCAGGCCUACUUCCUCCUCCCCGCGCACCUCUUCCACUCCGUCCUCUCCUUCGUCUCCCUCGCCUCCUCGUUGCUGCUCCUCCUCUCCACCUCCGCGGCUGGCGGCGGCAAGGACGGCAAGAGCAAGAACCGGCUCUUCGAGCUCCACCGCACCGCCUCCGGCACGCUCCAGAUCAAGUUCUCCGACGACUUCCUCGUCGGCGCCGACGCCGCCGCCGCCGCCUCCGAGCCCAAGAAGCCCGCGGUGCUGCGCGGGGACGCGCGGCUGGAGAAGGAUUACGAGGAGCUGGUUGGGUACGGCAAGUCCCGGCGCUGGGCGCCCAAGCUGGAGACCAUCCAAGAAGUCGUCGUCUCCGCGGCGGUGGCCGCCGCCGCCGCCGGUGUCAGCGCGGAGAGGAGGAAGAGCCGAGCGCUCCCAUUCCUCGGCAGGCUCGGCAGCAGGCGGCGGCGUGACGCGUCGUCCGCCUCCUCCGCGCUGUCCUGCGGCAAUGGCAGCGCGGUGGCGUGCUCCGGCUAGAGAAAUCGUUUAGGAAUGGGAGGGUAAUCAAGAUUUGGGUUUUGGCGAGGACGCCGCUGCUGCGUCCUCAUUUGUAAUUACAGGGAAACCAACAAUUUUUGGUGCGAAUCUGUACAUGGCAAAUUUCUGGUUC